UCAAAGCAAAAAAAAAAACAAUUGGUUUCAAACCUAUAAGCCACAAUGUUCAAAUUGAAUGCGAUGGUUUGCAUGUUGCUGGUACCUUUAGUUGAAUUGGUCCCAAGCAAAGAUGUCAAUAGUGAUGAUGAACUAAUUUUCGUACAUACUGUCUGCAGACACGGAGACAGAAACAUUUAUGAAUCCUAUCCAAAUGACCCGUGGAAAGCAACAGAAUUUCGGAAGGGUGGCUACGCUCAGCUUACAAACGAAGGAAAGCAGCAACAUUAUCAGCUUGGACAGUACCUCCGCAAGCGAUAUUCAAGUCUUCUUGGAAAUGGUGACUAUUCGUCGGAUAAGGUUUAUGUUCGGUCAACGGAUAGUGAUCGUACUUUAAUGAGUAGCCAAGCCUGUCUAGCAGGCCUUUUUCCACCGACAAACGAUCAGAUGUGGAAUCCAAAUCUGGAGUGGCAGCCGAUUCCAGUUCACACUACGCCGCUUUCGAACGACUUUCUUUUGGCUUCUGAUAGAAAAUGCAAUCAUUUCGAUUACAUUAUGCUGGAAUACUUGAACUCAACUGAAUACAAAAGCCUAUUCAAAAAGUAUAAAAAUGUGAUUAGAUACUUGGAGAAGAUGUCGGGCAAACAAUUGCGCACAUUGACGGAUAUCAAUAACUUGUAUGACACACUGCUCGUGGAACAAAUGAAGGGCAAAUGUAUACCUGAUUGGGCCGUGAGAGCAAUGAAACCGUGUGGUGAUCUUGAAUAUUUGGCCAUUUUCUGGUUCAAAAUCUUUACAGUGACGGACGAAAUGAAAAAAUUGAAAUCUGGGUUCUUGCUGAAAGAGAUUUUAAAUCGAUUUACGAAUAAGACACAGUCGAUACUGUCACCGAACCGUUUGUAUUUAUACUUUGCACAUGACAUCACGAUAUCAAAUAUGUUGAAUACACUUGGACUUUUUAAGUUACAUCAGCCUCCUUAUGCAUCGUGCAUCUUCUUUGAGCUAUAUAAAUCCAACGGAAACCCCUAUGUACAGAUUUUCUAUAUGAAUUCCGCCGAAUUGGAGCAUAUCUGGAAUCAUCCGCUGGAAAUUCCAAACUGUGGCACCAAAUGUUCAUUGACUGACUUAUACGAAUUAUACCACGACGUACUGCCCACACAAAGUUUUGAAGAGGAAUUUGUCUUGCGCGAUGGCGAGAUUUUGCCGCCAGAUGGAAAUCCUGAAAACAAUUCCUUGUAAACAGAUUUACAACUUUUGAACGUGCAAUUCAAGUGUCCACCGUAUUUUUUUUCGAAUGUAGAUGAAAUAAAUGCAUCUCUUUAGACCAACUUCGUGGAAUGUAAUGAAAAUUUUAUAUCAUAAAACCAAACAGAUUUACGAAAAGGCCAACUGAAAUUAUUCCCGCGAGAAAUAUAGAACAGGUGCAUAUUUCAAAGCCAGUUUUUAACGGUGUAUUAUUAUAAAAAGAAUUUACGCUUAUUAUAAUGAAAGAUAUGUUUUUUCUUAUUGGAUUAGAAAAAUAUACUCCAAUCUAGUAUUUUCUGUUGUGGUUUUCUGUAUUUUUCUUUGCUAUUUCCAUUGAAGAAGGUACAUAUUUAUUUUGUUACGGAAAUGCAGUAGAACUUUGGAAAAGUUAACUCAUACAAAAGCUAAUUUUUCAGAAUUUUUUUUUCA